GCUGCUGUAGGUGUAGCCAUGGUUCUAAUACUGUUGGUGGCCAUUCCCCUGCUGGUCCACACUACCAAAGGAGGGAACUCCGGAAAUGCGGGGAGCCAUUAUGAAAUGCUUGGGAGCUGCAGGAUGGUAUGUGAUCCCUAUGCCACAUCUCAGCCUGGCCAGGAGCUGACAGCCGUGUCUCCACCACCCAAGGAUUACUCUGGGAAGAAGCUAAAGUCUGGGCUCCGUGGGCCUCCAGGGAUCCCUGGCCCUCAAGGACCACGUGGACCCCCUGGAGAGCCAGGCAAACCAGGACCACAGGGGCCCCAAGGUCCAGGUCCUGGUGGCUAUUCUCCCUCACUCUACACUCCCAAAAUUGCCUUUUACGCAGGGCUACGCAAGCCGCACGAGGGGAGUGAAAUACUGAAGUUUGAUGACGUGGUGACCAAUGUAGGUAACUACUAUGAGCCCAGCACCGGAAAAUUCACCUGUCCUCUGCCUGGCAUCUACUUCUUCACCUACCAUGUUCUAAUGAGAGGUGGUGACGGGACCAGCAUGUGGGCAGACCUAAAGAAGAACGGACUGGUGAGAGCCAGCGCCAUCGCUCAGGACGCUGAUCAGAAUUACGACUACGCCUCCAACAGUGUGAUCCUGCAUUUGGACGUGGGUGAUGAGGUGUGUGUGCAGCUGGACGGAGGCAAGGUCCACGGAGGGAACACAAACAAGUACAGCACCUUCUCCGGCUUCCUCAUCUAUCCAGACUGAAUAUAACCAUUCCUUACAGAAAAUGGACACCAACAUACACACACACACAUUCCCAGUUAAAUGUAAUUAUGCAAAUAAAUGCACACAUAGAAACACACACACACACACACACACACACACACACACACACACACACACACACACACACACACACACACACACACACACACACACACACACACACACACACACACACACACACACACACACACUACAACAGAUUACAACAGAGGCAAAGAUCGAGUGAAAAUCUGAGAUAAGUGGGAUGAAUCCAGCUGCGUGAUUCUGAGCCAGUCAUCAUGAACAACUGCAAUUAUCUGGCACCCCUUUAUAAACGUCAGAAGAUGUAAAGUAUAUAUAUAUAUAUAUAGUAUAUACAUAACAAUUGCACAUUGCGGCUAUGAAAUAUCUAAAAAACGUUAGCGUGUUCCAUCUAACCUAUUAUUGUGAGAACCAGAAUAUAUCAAACACCAUGAGUUCAAUUGAUUUGUAUUGCAAUAAUGGUAUUGAGUGUGCCAUUCAACAAGAUGACUAAGCUGAAACGAAUCUGUCAUAGUCUUUACUUUUUAGAUUUCUGCUAUCCAUUCCAAUGGCCUCUGAUCAAAUGGCAUAGCCUAUAUUUUUGCAACUCAUCAUUGUAAAAUAUUUCCCUGAAGUGAAUAACACCAGUUGAAAUGUAAUCCCUGUUGUGAUUCACCCUGCAUUGGGAACAUACUGAUUAAAAUAACGCUGUCUGAAUAAAACC